AUCAGAAAUCAAAUUUUGACAGCUUUUUGUUCGUGCGCAAAGAAAAAAGUUGUUUAAUUGUUUACUCUGUUUUAAGUUACUUAGAAUUUCGGAAAAUUUGCAUAAAUUUGCGAUAAUCGAAAGUGAAAUCUAAAAUUCUAGUUUUCUGAAGAGUGUUCAUCACAAGGUAAAAUACUAAAAUAUUUCAGCAAAAUAUGCGGACUAAACUAAAAGCACAGCAACUACAACAAGAACAAUUGCGUUGUAAGCGGAUGACUGCAGCAACAAAAAAAUAUAAUAUUAAUAGAGAAGUAAACAGAAACAACGAUCCUUCCAAUAUCGACUAACAAAAAAACUGCAAUAAAAAAACGUACAACAUAAAAAGUAACAACAACAACGCAACAACCACACAUCGACAAGUCACCUACAACGACUUUCUGCAAAAAGACUUGAAACACAAUAACAACAACAACAACACAACGUGAAACUUAGUGGCAACAGUACAACAACACGAAUGCAAAAGAAGAAAAUUGUACAGCUACUAGAGAAAUCCAAGGGGGAAGUGGCAAGAGAAAGCAGCCAACUUUGGCGUAUAAGUAAUAGUUAACUAGGACACACCUGUUGUUCACAGCGAUUAUCCUUGUUGUAGUUAUCACAUCAUUGGGUUCAACGAACACACUCAUCCGAUACUUGACAAUAAUCUUACCGCUAACAUUUACACCAUCAACGCCAGCUUUAAGUCUAAAACCUAAAUCAAUUUGUGAUUUGUGUGCGCAUUUUCUUACUGCCAUUGCACCACCUCUAGUGCUCUUGUUGCCAUCCGUAAAACGUCAUCCGUCAUCUGUCAUUCAGUAAAAUGGGUCGAAAAAUCACCGUCGCCAUUUCAACGCUUAAUCAGUGGGCACUUGACUUUGAAGGUAAUUUGGCGCGCAUAUUGCAAUCCAUACUGGAGGCGAAGGAUAUGGGCGCCUGUUAUCGUACCGGCCCAGAAUUGGAAGUAACUGGUUACAGCUGCGAAGAUCAUUUUUUCGAACCGGACACAUAUCUGCACUCGUGGGAAGCGCUCAUGGAGAUAAUGCUUUCGCCACUUUGCGAAAAUAUGCUCAUCGACGUUGGUAUGCCGGUUAUGCACCGCAAUGUUGCCUACAAUUGCCGUAUUGCCUUCUUCAAUCGUCAAAUAUUGCUUAUACGCCCUAAAAUGGCAAUGGCCGACGAUGACAACUAUAGAGAGUCGCGUUGGUUUACUUCCUGGACAAAGGCUCUUCAAACGGAAGAGCAUUAUCUGCCACGCAUGAUCUCUCAACAUACCGGCCAGACGACUGUACCAUUUGGCGACGCGGUUAUCGCUACAAAGGACACCUGCAUCGGUUACGAGAUUUGCGAAGAACUGUGGAAUGUACGAAGCAAACAUAUCGACAUGUCACUUUCGGGUGUUGAGAUCAUUGUCAACGGUUCUGGAUCUUAUAUGGAACUGCGCAAAGCGCACAUUACCACCGAUCUGAUACGCAAUGCCAGCUUCAAGGCAGGCGGCGCCUAUCUGUUCAGCAACUUACGAGGUUGCGAUGGGCAACGUAUCUACUUCAAUGGCUGCUCGGCCAUAGCCAUGAAUGGCGAAAUUGUCGCCAGAAGCAAACAAUUCGCUCUGCAGGAUGUGGAAGUCACUUUGGCCACCAUUGAUCUUGAAGAGAUACGCUCGUAUCGCGUCUCGCUACGUUCUCGCUGCAAUUACGCCGCCUCCGCGCCGAGCUAUCCGCGCAUCACCUGUGACUUUGAGAUGUCGACACACAAUGACAUCUUCAAAAGUUCUUCCACACCACUGCAGUGGAUUUAUCAUUCACCCGAGGAGGAAAUUGCGAUGGGUCCUGCCUGCUGGUUAUGGGACUACCUACGGCGUUCUGGCCAAGGUGGUUUCUUUUUGCCGCUCAGCGGUGGUGUUGACUCCAGCAGCUCCGCCACUAUUGUAUACUCCAUGUGCCGCAUGAUCGUGAACGCCGUGCAAGGCGGUGAUGCUCAGGUGCUACACGAUAUCCGUAAAAUACUCGCUGACUCCGAGUACACACCCGAUAAUCCGGCUACUCUUUGCAAUCGCUUGCUAGUCACAUGCUUCAUGGGUAGCGUCAACUCUAGCAAGGAGACACGUCGUCGAGCGGCACAGCUGGCUAAUCAGCUAGGCAGCUAUCACAUCGAAAUCAGCAUUGACACUGCCGUGAAUGCGCUGUUGAGCAUUUUCAAUGCGGUCACUGGUCUUACGCCACGCUUUCGCACGCAGGGCGGAUGCGCGCGUCAAAAUCUAGCGCUGCAGAAUAUACAAUCGCGCAUACGCAUGGUGCUGGCGUAUAUGUUUGCGCAACUUAUGUUGUGGGUACGCAAUCGGCCAGGUGGAUUGUUGGUGCUUGGCUCGGCGAAUGUAGACGAAGCCUUGCGCGGUUAUAUGACGAAAUACGAUUGCUCAUCGGCGGAUGUAAAUCCUAUUGGCGGAAUUUCGAAAACCGACUUGCGACGCUUUCUCAACUAUGCGAAGGAAAAAUUUAAUUUAACUGUGCUGGAGUCAAUUAUUGAAGCGCCUCCCACUGCCGAACUGGAGCCACUGCAAGAUGGCCAACUCGUACAGACAGACGAACAGGAUAUGGGCAUGACAUAUGUGGAGUUGAGUGAGUACGGACGUUUGCGUAGGCAGGCGCGCUGUGGACCAUACAGCAUGUUUUGUAAACUGGUGGCUACAUGGCACGCUGAUCUGAGUCCCAAAGAGGUUGCCGACAAGGUGAAGCACUUCUUCCGUUGCUAUGCCAUCAAUCGCCACAAGAUGACUGUGCUCACGCCAUCGGUGCACGCCGAAAGCUAUAGUCCUGAUGACAAUCGAUUCGAUCAUCGUCCAUUCUUGUAUCGCGCCAACUGGAGUUGGCAGUUCAAGGCCAUCGACGAUGAGGUGGAGAAACUGCAACCCGGCUACACGCCCACCUCAACGCAUAUGCGUCCGAGCAGCGAUGAUAUGUUGUCGCACGAAUGCUUGCAUCCUUCCGCAUAUCGCUCGUCACAUUUGGGUUCGAAGAACUCAUCGCCAUUAUCGUGCUCUUCCAUCGAAGGUGGUGGCGCUGGCGGCAUCGGUGCUGGACCCAGCGGCAGUAUGGGCACUUUGGGUAAAAAACCCAGCGGCUAUUCAAAGAUUCAUGUGAAUGUGCUCGGCAAGAUUAAGGAUCGCACUGGCAUACCGGUUUAGGAUAUGUGGUUUGAGGAAUGGCGUUUGGAAGUUUGUGUCACAACGCAGCGAGUGAAUAGGUAAUGCAAGUGGAGGUGUGCCAGCUUAUAGGCGUGACAUUAUAUUUUUCAUUAUUAUCCAGUGGGGUUUUUAAACAGUUUUUAAAUUUCCUUAAUUUCUUUUAAGAGGCAACGCCCAGGAUAAGUUUAAUUUAUUUAUUUUUUUCUUCAAAUGCCUUUAAAGAUAUGAAAGUUAAUAGAUUUGUCAAUUUACAAAGUAAAGUUGAAAAUAAACAAAACUGAGCUAAAAUAGAAACGACAGAAGCUUUGUUCUGAUAACUUCGAGUUUAUUUACUCCAAAUAGUCACCUCUGGCCUCGAUAAACGGUUUGGCGACAUCUAAAAGCUUUUCGAGAGAGUGUUUCAGGUCAUUGACCGGAAUGUUCUGCAGAAUGUCGGUACAAGCUCUUGGAUGGCUUCUAUGGACGCAAAAUAUUUUCCUUUCCGAAUAGGUAGAAGUCACAGGGAGCCAUAUCAGGCAAAUACGGUGAGUGAUUGCUGGUUAAAAUGCCAUUUCUAGUAAAAAAAUCAGUCUCAAGAAUGGAUCGAUGAGAUGGUGCAUUAUCAUGCAAUAAGCGCCAUCUUCCUUCUUCGCGGUAUUCAGGGUGAAUUCGACGAAUGCGAUGCAACAAAUGCUUUAAAACGCCAAGAUAGAAAAUUGCAUUGACGGUUUGGCUCGUUGGCACAAACUCCCUGUGGAUAUUUCCUUUAAAAUAAAUAAAUAAUUGGCGCGUACACUUCUGUUCCGAGCUCCUCCUCCUAUUUGUGGUGUGCGUCUUGAUGUUGUUCCACAAAUGGAGGGACCUACAGUUUCAAGCCGACUCCGAACGGCAGAUAUUUUUAUGAGGAACUUUUGAAUGGCAGAAAUACACUCGGAGGUUUGCCAUUGCCUGCCGAGAGGCGUCCGCUAUUAGAAAAAUGUUUUUAUUAAUUUUGCUUUCACCCAGAUUCGAACCAACGACCUCUCUGUGAAUUCCGAAUUGGUGCGUGAUCAACCCAUUCGGCUACGGCGGCCGCCUUUGGAAUCGUAAAAACAAAUGAGCAUUGACUUGAUUUUUGACUUUCCCAAGCGCGAUUUUUUGGGUGGUGGCUCGUCUGGGGCCUUCCAUUCGGCACUUUCACGCUUAGUUUCAGCUUCAUGUUUCAAACACCACUUUUUAUCACCAGUUUCAAAGUUGUAAAGGAAGCUCUCGUCUUUUCUCGACUCUUUAAUGCGGUCUUUCGAAUGUUGAAUUCUGAGCAAUUUUUGGUUCUCAUUUUCGGUUUACGAACAAAUUCGAUGAAGUUUUUGGUGAUUUUUGAUUUUGGGCGGCCCGUAUGUUCAUAUUCAUUUAUGUCCUCACAACCAUCUCUGACACGUGAAAAUCACUCAAGAACUCUGGCACGAGAUAGACAAUCAUCGCCAUAAACUUUUUUCAUAAAUUCAAAUGUUUCGCUAAACGUUUUACCGAUUUUAAAACAAAAUUUGAUAUUAGCUCUUUGUUCGAAACUCAUUUUUGUACCGAUGACACAAACAUACUGACACUUUAGACGCAAUAACUUCGCUUCCUCUGAACCGAAUGUCACCAAGCUUUCAUUGGAAGUCAGCUAGGGAUGUAACUCCUUAAAAAGAUCAAAAACAUUUUUAUGACGCCAGUCUUGUCUAUUUUGGACUUCACCUUGUAGAAUAUAUAUUUAAAUUUCGUAUUCUUUAAUAUUUUCCUCAACUGUAAGCCAAAAGAUUUGCCUGUUUUUUAAUAAUAAUUUCAAUAUAUACCUAUACAAAUGCGAUUACAAAAAUUAUGUGCGCAUCUAUAAUAAAUUUGCCUCAAUUUCGUUAAGUUUUAGAGAAUUUCUUCUUUAGCCUUCAUUUAA